AUGGCUUGGCUUACUCCUACCGUGCUGAAACUGACGCAACUUCUAGCAGCGUUGGGUGCAGCGUUGGGUGCAGCGUAUGGCUACGUGCACACCACGGACUUGAAAGCUAGGCAAACCCCCGCUCAUGAGUUGUCUGCUUCCUACGACUACAUCGUCGUCGGAGGUGGUCAGAGUGGACUGGUUGUUGCGAACCGAUUGAGCGAAAAUCCGAAUAGGUCUGUGCUGGUCGUCGAAUAUGGGUACUUCGACGAUAAUCCUGCCCAGGUGGAACCUUCCAGCUCCGUACCUGGCACUUGGCUACAGAAGAAUCUAUUCAACGCCACGUCCGUCCCUCAGCCUGGAUUGAACAACAGGUUGGGUCAAGUCUACGCCGCUGCCGUUGUCGGCGGCGGUUCCACCAUCAAUGGGAUGGUCUUUGACCGCGGUUCAGCAGAGGACUACGACAUCUGGGAGAGAUUCGGUAACCCUAGCUGGGGAUGGGAGGAUUUACUCUCGUAUUUCAAGAAGAGCACGACGUUCACUCCUCCACGGCCUGAGCUUGCUCGUGAAUUCAACAUCACUUGGGAUGCCGAGCGAGCAUACGGGAAUGGGCCUAUUCAAGCGAAUUUUCCUGAUUGGCAGUGGCCGACACUCAAAAUUCAGUGGGAUGCGUUGAAGGAAAUUGGUAUGCCGAUGAAUGUGGAAGGCGCGGCAGGAGAUGCCUGGGGUGCAUAUUGGACACCUUCCGCCAUGGAUGCGAGCUAUCGUCGCUCAUACUCGCGCACGGGCUACUGGGUUCCAGCCUCCAGUAGAAAGAACCUCCACCUUUUGAUAGGACAUCGGGUCAACGAAGUCCUCUUCAAUUCGAGGAAGAGGGCAACUGCAGUGACGAUCCAAGAACGCGAUACGCCUAACGACGCCCCGAGAAUUACAGUCAAGGCCACUCGAGAAAUAGUUUUGUGUGCCGGCUGGCUUCACACACCCCACAUCCUUCAGCGAAGUGGUUUGGGUCCCCAAGAGCGGCUUGAAGAAGCUGGCAUUGAAGUUCUUGUUGAUCUUCCUGGUGUUGGAUCCAAUCUCCAAGAUCAUCCUGCUUUCACUAUUGAGUACCAGUAUCUGACGGAUCUCUUCCCGAACCCGUCCUCCUUGACGGACAAUGCUACUUUUUCUGUGUGGGCCAACGAGCAAUGGACCCAACGUCGGGGUCCCAUGUCGCUGGGAAUCACCAACUCGCUCGUCACUGCCCCUCUUGUGACUCUUCCGAGCUACCGUACUAUCCUUCGGAAGGGCUACACUCAAAACGUGGAAGCCUAUCUCCCCAAGACCUACUCUGCACAGCAGGUCAAGAGCUUCAUCACUCAACGCAACAUCCUCCUGUCCUCCUUUCCGCGGCUCAACAACGGCGUCGUCGAGAUCAUCUUCGCAGGAAAGCCUGGUACAUGGAUCAUCUUCAUGAAGCCUCUCAGCCGUGGAACGGCGUUGCUGAACACGACAGACAUCUACGCGGAGCCCAUUAUCGACUAUAACACCAACAUCAACCCAGUGGAUUUGGACAUUAUGGUCUCGGCGAUCACGUUGUAUCGCAGGUGGAUGAGCUCGAAGGCUAUGGAACAGCUCACACCGGUGGAGACCUUCCCUGGUCUGAAUGUCACCACCAACGAGCAGAUCAUCGCGUCUCUCAAGAACACCAUGGGGUCUGGGGUGGGACAUUCGUGCUGCACGGCCGCGAUGGCCCCGAGGGAGUUGUCGGGCGUCGUCGCGCCUGAUUUGACCGUCUAUGGUGUUACAGGGUUGAGCAUAGGCGACCUUUCCAUCGUCCCGAUUAUUCCAGCCACGCACACCUGCGCUACGGUUUAUGCCAUCGCCGAGAAGGCAGCGGACCUUAUAAAAAGCCGCCACAUUUCCUGA